AUGGCUGAGAACAAAGCAAUCAUAACCCAUCAGCUUCAGUCUGUGAAGCGCGAGUCUGGCAAGUCCUAUAGUCAGCUAGCGAAGGAGACAGGCCUCACCAACGUGUAUGUUGCUCAGCUUCUGAGGCGCCAAGCUCAGCUCAAGCCUGAAACUGCCCCUAAGUUGCAGGCUGCCCUGCCUGGCCUGCCCCAAGAGCUCAUUAAGGAGAUGAUGAUUCCACCCUUGAGGUCCUAUGACCCUAAUUUGAUCCAAGAUCCCACUAUUUACAGGUUGAAUGAAGCAGUUAUGCAUUUUGGUGAAAGCAUCAAGGAGAUUAUCAACGAGGAAUUUGGUGAUGGCAUUAUGUCAGCUAUAGAUUUCUACUGUUCAGUCGACAAAGUUAAAGGUGUGGAUGGCAAGGACCGGGUAGCCAUAGUAUUUGAUGGGAAAUAUUUGCCUCAUUCUGAGCAGAAAUUGGAGCACAUAUUCAAGGCUGCGAUGGGAAUAAUUUACCUCAUUCUCAGGCAGGUGUUGUAA